AUGCAGCAACCGCCCUCGCCACAAUUGCCACCAUGGGACCCAACAAACGACGCGCUCUUGCUCGCCAGCGCUAGUACAGCACUUAGCUUUACAUCUUACGCCGACAUGGCACGUCGUGUCGCGUCAGAUCAGAGCAAAGCGGCCACAGCCCUCACAGAAUCGGAAUCUCAACCCGCCGCCCCCAUCACGUAUGCGGUCCCCGAGGAGGAAGAACAAACCGGGUCAGCUACCUUGCGAACGAUGUCGUCGCGUUCGGCCCCGACGCUACAGGCAUCCCUGUCGGCGCCCUACUCGUCUGAUUCGUCCAAACUGGCGACAGCCGCGGCGGCAGCGUGGUAUCUGAGUCAGAGCGAACCAAGCUUGGUCAUGGACGCGUACAGUCCGCUCUUUUUUGACGACUCGUUUUCGUUUGCUUCACGACAUAGGAGAUCAGACGGUGAGAUUGUCUUGUUCGCGUCAGCUCUCGAGCUGGAGCACAGGAAAAAUGCUCGUCGACGGAAUACGGUUCACGUAGACUUUCCUGUGACGAGUGGCAACGUGUCGAUUACGACGGACAUCAAGGACGACGAGCCAGUGCUGCUAAUCGAUGGGGAUGGGAAUAGAUCCGAUAGCGAGAGUGGAGAGGAUGUGGGAGACUCUAGUCUAGAUACCUUGCGGUUAGAGGAUGCGAGCGAGGAACGCGAGGAAGUGCGGAUAGUUGAAGACGACGAAACGGCAUCGCCACGAGGACGUACUCGAAUUCGUCCUCUUCAGAUAGUCUCCUCUUCACUACCAACCAGCCCAAAUCGACCAAAAGUCACCAAGGGUCUGACAGCUCCGCUGCAUCUCGCAUGUCUUGCUCAUUGCUCCACAUCAGUCUCGGAGACGCCGACGAACACCCCGAAAGCUCCUCGCGUCUGCCCGCACGGUCAGCGCUGUCCCUAUGCCCGUCUCACCCCUCCACCUAUACUUGCACCUGCACCCUCCAAGACUCUCAAAAAGUCAGACUCAGCAGCGAAACGAAUUGCAUACGCUACCCGUCGUCUACGAGGACCGCCACAAGCCGAAGACCUCUUUCUCGCUGCACGUCCACCGCCACCGAAGCUAUCAGCCCGACUUGCGAAUAUCAAUAGCUUUGACGAGGCUAUUCAUCCGUUUUCGACGAGUCCUAUUCUAGGGGGUGCAGAGUCUAAGACUAUGAACGAAAUGGAGACGAGUGAAGAUCGACGCGAGGCCUCGCAGAUGCCGGAGAUACAGGCACCUCGGCCAUUGCCUGCGUUGGGAUUGCGAGCCGGGGAAGAUGGAUGGAAGUCGUCUACAAACGCCAACGAGUCGGAUUGGAUUCCGGUGAGCAACGCUAGGAGGAGCCCGUCGACAAUCUACUCCUCUCGCGCCAAGCACACCUUGCCAUCACCCCAAAUCAGUGAAAUAGUUGGUGUUUCUACGCUACAACCCACGGAUGUACCCAAGCCAAAGCCAACUGUCCCCCUUCAGCCGCCCGAGUUACUCCAACUCUCCUCGCAUCCACUCAUCCCGAACAUUGACCAUUUGGUGACGCGAAAGACGGGGAGAUAUUCACGUGCGGGCCACCGUUCGCGUGGAUCCGAGUCAUCCGAUGUGAGCGUCGAGUCGAUUGUGCUCGGGAGCGAAAAGGCCAAGAAGCGAAGAGGGAGUUUGGCGGGCAAGUAUGCCGUUUCAAGUAUUCCGCCUUUUAGGAAUACGAGAAGUGUUACGCCGAAUGCCGGUGUCCAUGGCUCAGAAUCCAAAUCCCUGGAGGAGAAACCGGCUUCAGUCGUCAAGAGCCGGCCCGUGGAACCUGCUCAGCCGCGAGAACAGCCCAAGGACAAGCUGGAGAAGAGGUCGUCGAGCAAUAUCCUGGAACAACUCAUUGGUGCUGCAUCGGUACCUGCGCCUGUGCCAAAGCGAGAUCGAACGCGUGAAAAGUCAUCAGACCGGAAAUCAAAGCCUCAACGCAGUGGUCCAAAAGCCCAAACUGGGCACGCGUUGCCUCCGAGGCGCUCGCUCUUUGGCCAUGCCCUUGGGUAUGCAUUAGGCACUGGUCCUCCAGUACGAGACCAAACUAGCGCUAUAGAUGCUGUGGACCUGGUCACAAAGGACAUGGAGAAGCCAGCAGUAGACGUGGCUCCGGCAGUCGAGCAGCAGGUUCUCAAGUCGACGGAGAAGCAAGCAGAACCAGUGACCGUGUUCAAUGGCGUAACUUCGACUAUAUCAGUCCUCGACAUGAUUCAAGCCCAAGCGCCGCCGUCGCAAAUGACCGAAACAACUCCUUCGCCUAUUUCUGUCAUGAAUCCGUCGAAUCCACCUGCUAUUCACAAGUCCACGCAUAGUACCUCGUCCACAUCCAGCGCUGUUCCAGUAGAAUCUGCGAGCACUGGUGAACCUAUUCUCAACGAAAAAGGAAGGUUGACGCGUGAACAUAUGGAGUCGCUGGACAAUGACGAGCUCCUUCGACAACGUACCAUGGAGAUUAAACAAAUCCUUGCGUUCCAGAAAUCGCUCGAGAUCAAGCGCGAAACGCUCAUUCGGAAGUUGCUCUCGGCGGAGCCCCUCUCUGUGCACGACGGCCCCGAGUUUGCACGACUUGGUGACUUGCCGCUCACUGGCGAGCAAAACCGCGUUGUUUUGGAGGACGAGAUUGAUCUCGCGGAGCGGACGCUCGAAGUCGUUCGAUGGGAGAUUGCUCAAUUCGGUGGCAUCGUUGGCUCGCAUAUCGACUGGAAAGAGUGCCGCACAUCUGAGGCAUUAUCGGUCAAGAAAAAGGAGCCCUGGGAGUACCGGUCCGAGUAUCAAGGGGUCCCUAGGCCGACGCAUGUGGUCAUCAAGUGGGAUGUCGGCAAGGAGGCGCCGAGUGUGCGAGAUACGCGGGUGAAGAAGCCGCAGCUGUACGAGGCAGUCGACCCUUCAUCCUUGGUACUACCUGAACCCUCCGCCUCCGCGCCAGCGGCGAAUGAAGAGGCGGACAGGGCGUCGAGUGCAAAGGGACACGACCCUCCGAUUCUCGACGAGACGCACGGUGGUGCUAUGGCACGUCUUUUCGACAAGACGCCGCUAGCAAUGGAGACCGUCAAGCCCAAAAAGCCUAAAAAGGUUGACGGCAAGGCCUCAAAAUCCUCCUCCAGGGCGGCUCGAAUGGCAGAAUUUGAUUUUGGUCCACCUCCUGUCCACACGUCUUCUCUUUUGUCUUCUAUCAAAGGCAUACGCCAGGAUCUUUUGCCCAAGAUCACUCCGGUGCCCGAGUCGUCGCCCAAGGAUGCGGCAUCCUCCAGUGUUGAGACGUUUGUCAUCAAGCGUAAGGCGAAGGGGUUCGGUACGGAUCUAGAUCUGCUCCUUGGCGAACGACCAAAGCAAUCAAAGGGCAAGGAGCCCAAAUCCUCCCAACAACUCGAUUCAUUCGCCUUGUUUGGGCAGCGGGAAAAGGCAAAGAAUGUUCAAUCGAUCGAAGAAGCCGUCAUGGACAAGAAGACAGAUUCAGAGAUGGCUCCAGCUGUAUUUGACCUCGCUCCUCCCAUACCCGUCAUGGUCGCUCCCCUUCCCGACCCAGUUCAAGCUGAUGUCCAGAGAAUUCACGAUAUUCCUGCUCCGAGUGAUAUCGCUUCUACACUCAAGCGUCCGUUGUCCGCGAUUGCAACCGUGCCAACGCCCCCCAAGGAAGGUUUGACAGAGGUACCAUCUCCAAAGUCUCGACAACGACGACGUGUUAGCAUGUCAACGGCGCUACCCGGAGAAGAAGCGAGUAUGCAGACGAUGCAACAUCUCGCAUUCGACAGUAGUGACGAUGCGGGAGAUGCCGAUGAUAGCCGAGACUAUGUCAGCGCAGAAGAGUAUCUAAAUGAUGACAGGGAUGGAGAGUACUCACAGGACAAUCCUGGCAAGGAGGCAAGCUCGCAGUUGAAAGAAUUGACGCCUCAGCGGCCAAUCCUUCAGCGGAAGCGCUCAACGACCUUAACGGAUCUUCCAUCAACCCGCCAACAAGGCGAUACGACAGGAUCCACCGGCGACAUCUUCUCCACACCAGACCGACUGAAGAAAGGGGAGACAUCUGAAGGUCUGACAGGUACGCCAGAUACCUGCAUGCGACAUUCUCCUGACUUGACUGCCCACAAAGGCCGCGACUCGGAACCUCGCAAUAUUGAGCGGAGUCCUAGCCCAACGCUCGCACGCUUUCCCUCAAUUGCGGAUCCUCCGCUGCUGCAUCAAGGCGGGACUUCAUCUCGGUACGAGAACCAAGAAGACUCCCAACACCCGUCUUUCAGUUCGCCGUAUCAUAUUGUCACGCGCUCAGCGAAUACGAUUGACGAGGUUGGGAACGUGAUCAAUUACGCAACGGCUCGCGUGAUGAGCGGAGGUAUCAAGAUAGGUAGCGUCUUGCCAAGAGGCGCUAAUGGAACCAUCGUGGAGGAAGACGAGGACAUUCCAGAGGCCAUGGAUGAGUUCGAAACCGGAGAGACCCUCCCGCCCAUUGUUGCACCGACAACGCUCCUAGUGCAACCUACGCAAGCUCCUCUAGACCCCGCGAUGCCUCUUCAAGUUUAUUCAACGUCAACGGCCCCAGGGGUGGUCACGAGUCCAGCGUCAACCUCUCAACCUCUCCCAUAUCCACCUACCCCAGUGAGCUUUACCGGAGGUCUCCUUCCAUCCACAUCUGUACAGCUUCCCCCUCCCAAAGUGUCUGUUGCUGGUCAAAAAGGCGGACCUGUGGAGUACUGUGGCGAUUUCCGUACGACUGGCCACUGUAGGUUUGGUGCCAGAUGCCGCUACUCCCAUGAUAUCGAGCCAAAUGUGAAGAAGCCAGGCCAGGCGGCAGUCACACGAUAUCGUCCGAUUCUGCGCUCGGAUCCUUCGACACACCCUCCGAAUACCGAACAACCGGAUAUGAUGCCAGUUUGUCCUCCAGGCUAUCAGUUAUCCAACAUCUUUCCACAAAUGCAUCAUAUUCCGGGUGUACCACUGGCGCAUCAACCACCUGUUCCGUACACGGUUGCUUCGCCAAUGGAAAUCGCUCAUCCGCGAACUGCCCCGGCGGCCACACUCGCUGCUGCACAGGGUCGCAUGAUGGAGGACGAGGACAAAGCAAACAAGAUUCUGCGGAGCGUCGGUAUCACGCCCAGGAUGUUUGACUCACAGCAGCCCAUGGCCAAGGUCAUGGCCGACGGGGAGAUUCUGUACGAUAUGACGUCGAUGCGCACCAGGAAUCCGUCUUCGGACCGCGCCAAGUAUGCUGAACAGAAGAAGGCAGAUCAGCGAAUCACGGCUGAGCAGCUGAGAGCGCACAUAUCCCGUACCAGCCAUCAAAGUGAUGAAGACAGUGAACAGCGCCCUCUACCAGCCACUACUAAUGUGCCAGACGACGAAUCCAUCUGGAAGGUCUCUCAGGAUCGCCAACCGGGUCCGUCAAUGCAAGCUGCCCCGCCAGCGACCAUCGACCCGCGUUCGAAACCGCGUCCGACUCGCGACAUUCAACGAGUCGAACGGCAGACAUAUUCACCAAUGCAACCGCCUCCGUCAUACUCCCCGGUUAGCCAGCUCCAUUACAACCAGGUUCAAUCUUAUCAGUCCACACCAUCUCCGCAUGGACAUUACGGGGCUGCUCAGUUUCCGCUUCCUCAGCAGAGACAACAUACACCCGUUUACUCUCACUCGCGUUCCCAUUCCGGAUCAGACGCGCGAAGAGCAUCGUCGGCAUCCUCUUCGAUGCACUCGACAGUAGCAGAGAGCCCCCAGGUGUCGGUACCUCAAGAAUACCUACAAGCGUUGAUUGUUGCGGCCCAGCAGGGCGCGGCCAGUGGUUCCCACCAGACCCAAACUCCCCCGGUCGUGCCUUAUCCAUCGGGCCCGCCUCCCUAUGGAAUUGCCGGAGUGCAAGCUCACUCGAUGCAGCCUCCAAGAAUGCCGAUGCAGACACCCGGAUAUCCAGCGCCAGCAAACCCUGCGUAUACUGGCCACGGUCACCAAAAUCUACACGGGCAGCAUCCCCAGCCGCAUAAUUAUACAGCGCAGCACUACCAACAACAACAGUAUCCGUAUGCCCCGUACCCUGUGAGCUUUUCCGCAGACUCGACAGGCACUUCCUAA